UAGAAAGCGAACCUAAAAGUGUUCAAGUUUUUCCUAGGAAAUAGAAAGCCUGUUUCCAAAACACGAAGAUAUCUCAAAACCUGUAUGUUUAUCAAAGCUUUAACUGAACACGUAUGUUUCCAAAACCGGUGAUGGUCGUGGUGGGCACGACGCAUGGAGUCGUCGCGGUGAUAGGGGGACUGAAGGACGCAAAAGAAAGUCACAUGCCCACAGGAGCGCUUCAAGAAAGCACAGAUGCAGCACAAGUGCGCAGUUGUCGAGGUGCUCGUGGUCUUCAAUCAGCUACAAGCACAACCUCAUCCAAUUCAUGGUGAUCACGCACUCCUGCCCCACAUUUCUGUCGAUGUUUGAACGCGCAGUGACCAGCAGCGUCAAAACAAGAAAACCUGAGUCUGGCUGCGAAGUUAACGAUGCUCCAUUUUCGAGAGAGGUAAUGGCGCAUGAUGACCCUCACUGCUCUUGCGCUCCGACCGGCUAGGCGUCUCGACUGGGAGCGCCGCUGUAGAGGUGGUCACGAGCUAUCUGGAGGCGUACGGCUGGCGCACGGAGGUUACGGCAUCACAGAGUACCAGAACAGCGCGGCCAUCACAUGGUUGAGGAGGCGACAGCGAGUCUGAGGCUUCGAACUUUCAGGGCGUGAUUUUCCAAUCUGCGGUGUACUCAACAAACGCUCUGCACCCGUCACCUUCUCGACGCCGUUCGUGUCCGCAAGCUCCGUGUCCUCGCUCGGAACCCCUGUUUGGGCGUCACCACCCCGUUCCACGCUACUUCCCUGUCCAGUCCGCUGCCUUCGCGAAUUCGAUCAGUUCUGUGUCUUCGUUCUGAGGCUCCUCGCUUUCGUGACCUCGUCCGGCUCCGCAAUCGCCGUGCCAUCGUCCGACUCCGACAUCGUGGCUUUAUCAACAUCGAGCCACCGCAACAGACGCGACCAUGGACUCCAACGAGGACUCGAACAUCGAGACACUUGUGCAGAAAGGAGCUAUAUAGGUCGAGCGGAGCGUUUGGAAUGAUCUUGUCAAGUCAGAACCAAAACGGGGCAAGUCACAUAUCGUCGUGAACCAUCUCCGUGGAGAGUACCUGGCCAGACUUCGGGACGGCAGCUACGCGACCAAAACGACAACGCAGCAUGUGUACGCCAAUACUGCGACCUCGUUUAAUAACGGCAAGUGGCGAUAUGAAGUUGCGCAAAGCGUCACAUGACACUACAACUACUUGCCUGGCCAGCUGAGGCAAAUUCUUGUCCAUGUUCAGAAUCCAGGUAAUCCCGGCCUACCUCAACGAAGCAGAGAAAGAUCUACAGUGCAAGCUUACGGAUCUAAGAUUCGCGGAAGCACUCGUGACCGGCACUCAAGAAAGGGUACUCUCGACGCACAUAUCCAACUACAAGUCGGCGGCUCUUGUACACGAUGUGGUGAUCGUCGAGCUGGGAAAGGUUUACCCAAGGACUGUUGAAGAAGCAUGACGAAUGGCCAACCAGGACAACACGGGAUCACAGGGCGCCGAGGUCAUUUCUAACUCAUCGUUGUUGUAAGGGUUUGAGAUGUGGAAGUCAAAGUCGAAAUUCCUCUGUCACAGCGGACACCAGAGCGGCUCACAGCAAUCCACAUAUCCGAGGAGACCCGAUCUACGACACGACGCGAGAGAUCCACUUGUUACCUGAUACGCUCACAGAAGGCAACAUCAGCAACUCUGACUGCGCUCCUAGUAGCAAGAGGCCCCGUACUAGACGUUGAUAAUAGUAAGGGAGGCACUGGUAAGCACGCUCUGUUCUUGUUGCUCGUGCCGCGCCGACCUUGCAGUCUCUGUAGAAUUUUGUCGGCCAUCAGUUGCUUGGGCCAAUUGCUGAGUGCACUUGGGAGAAGUUCGUUCAGCUAGCAGCUUCAUCCUACAGGAAACCUUGACGAAUUCGUGGCCAGCUUGUGAAACGUCGUGACUUCUAAUAGUUACGCUCGCACCCCUAACAGCUCCAUCGGACGGCAACAAUCUUAAGACUGCCAGAUCGCGAACUAAAGCGCUCCAAUGUGGCGCACGCGACGCAACACUGUGGACCGGGAAGCGCUGUCGCUGGUGGUGCAUGGGCCCGAGUUCCGCAAUGGCGAGCUGCUUGUGCUCAACCCGGACUUCUUCCCGGACGUGCAAGUGCUGGAUCUAGUGGAGGUCUCGCAGCCAGAGCGGGCGCAUCCGCGUCUCGUGCUUUCUGUCGAGUCACUUGCGCCUGUGCGAGGCAAAUUGCAGGUGAGCGUGGCCAAGGAAAUCGCGGCUCAGUUCGGACUCGAGGCCUUCCGUCCCGUGACUGUGCGUCGUGUGGAUCAACGGGACGUGAGUGUGGAUUUCGUGGAGCUGAGCUUCAAGGACCAAUUCCUAUCGAGAGCCGAUAUUUGGCGCUUCAAAGUCACGAUGCUCGGCCAGUGCGUCUACGUGGGGAGAACCGUCGAGUGUCUCGGCAUCCGCUCGCAGGUGGACGCUAUUCUGGCCAACAACACGCAGCUCAACUGUGGAGUCAUCGGAGACGCCACCAAGAUCGUCGUCCGCUCUCGCUCUAGUCGCCUCUUUUGGCUCGUACAGAUGAGUACGGAGAUGUGGGAGUUCGCACCGGAUGGAGAGAUUUACUACGAGAAGCUACUGAAUCGGCUACUACGUGUGCUGAUAGCCAAGUGGAGUGAGAGCUCUGUGAGUCACUCGGUCACCAUCAUCGCCUUCUCCAGGAGCUUCUACGACGCCAACCAGUUUCCCGACGGGUUUGAUCCGAGGAAAGCGCCAUUUUCUGAUCCUAGAAGACAAGGGUUUGGUCCAGGCUGUGGUGCUCCAGGCAUCAACAUGGCCAACGGCUACGGCCCCACUAUCCACGUCGAUCCCGUCUCAGGUCGCUACUAUGAGGAUUUCUACAAGGUGGUCGUCAUGAACUUCACAGGGCCAGACUGGAAUCGGCUGCUUUUACUACUUAAGAAAGAAUUCGCUAGUUACUACGAGACGCAUCGAUGGCGCACCCCAGAAGAAUUCUCUCCAGCGCAGUAUGAAAUCUGCCACUGUCCGAAGCCUGUGAAUACCACUACAGAGCCAGGAAAACCAGGAACCCCCGGUGUCGACGACUCUGGAUGUGACAAUCAGUACGUGAAAUGGACCAAAUUACCUUCUGGAGUCCCGUCGCGAGCCAAGGACGGCAACAUUCUAGAAGCCAUCAACGUCACACUAAAUGUGCUGGACAAACACUACAUGGACCGAGACUUGAGUCGCACAGGACAGGGAAUCGUCAUGAUGACUGCUGGAUGCAGCAUCUUCAACGUGAAUAGCAAACUGGCAGAGAUCACAGAGCAGCGGAUGAUGGACAAUGGCGUGGGCAUGGAUAUGAUCUCCUUGUCCACACCUCCGUUGCAUGUCGUUCCAUUGUUUAUCUACUCUGACCAGCCAUCCACAAAGCCUGAAACGACUCCUGUUAACGUCGAGACGCCGAGUUUCCAUCGUAAAUUCUCCUUCAGUGAAGCUUCCGGUGCAAGUCAAGAGUCCAAAUCGUUGGAAGCUGCAUCAUCUUUCCACGGGGUUCCAAGCUUAAUGUCGACUUCGCAGCCUAAAAGUCCCGAGUGGGUGCGAGCUGGCACUGACGUUCUCCGUCGAUCUUCCACUCCAUCAACACUCAACACAACUGCUGCAGAGGUGGAGAUAGCUGGGGAGAAGCUAACAUACGACGUUCCUCACUGGGUGAACAUCACGUUCUUAGACUUCGGGUGUCGCUGUGGACGGUCAACCACCAGUUUUCAUCAGACUGAGCAUUCAAGCCCAAGCACACUGAGUCCAAGUGCGCAGCGAGGAUGGCAUUCAUGUCAGUGCCAAGUCAAGCGGAAUCAUCAGUUCAACCCGUUGCCGUCAUUUCGAAUGUUCGACGUCACUUCACCGUCUGAAAAGCUCGUGUUCCCAGUGACACUGCGAAAUUUGAUGCACAGAGACGUUAAGAGCGCCUCCAGUUUCGUGCUCAGUGCCGUCGCAGCUUGCAAUCAACACGGCGAAGAGAUCAGUACCAACAACAGCGAGAGUGGAGAGGCUUCCAUCCCGAUCAGGAUCGCUGCGAGUCAGAAUCGACUGCUCUUCGAGGCGAGUGAGCUCCCAGACUUGACGUCGUCAGUUCCACCACCAGAACAAUUGCAGUUAAGUCGCUCUCCGGACUUUGAUCCGAUUGUGGCGUCGAGUCAACUACGCACAGCUACGAAUGUAAGUGCGAGUCUGCAUGCCCGAGCUGCCCUCGAAGAGUACGACGAGAGUGUAUUCGCCCCCGUAGUGCGCAACGGAGAGAUCAGUACGAGAAAUCCACGAGAUCGGCGCCUUGGGUUUAUUCCUAUGGAAAGUCACGACGAACACGACAGUGCCACGAGCGCAACAAUUGCUGGUGACGGACAUCUCGAGUGGUUUCUUCGCAAUGCAAGGAAAGAGGCAGAACGUACCAGAGAGCGAAGCAACAGUGGCAACUUCAGGAAGGAGAGCUCGUUUCUACGUAGUGAAAGUGCCAGUAUGAUCCAGACGCUCCUAUCGCCACGCAAGUUGAAGCCCAAAAUACUGCAGUCUACUCCGUUAGAUCGCACCAAGCAGCAGGAACCUCCUUCUGCUGGUAUCCCGAUAGAAUCUCGCUCAGUUCCAAAGGCAGAAACAAACGCCUCCUUUUCCCUGGAAGUGAUGCUCGGGAACUCUAUGGAUACCCACGGAUCCUAUCGCAAUAUGAAUUUUACCUCUAGGCCAUCGUCGACAUCAAGCUGCAGUCUGUACGGCACUCCAUUGAAGAAUCGAGACGAGGGAUUCCAUCCGCUCACACGUGCGAUGACUAUGACUAAAGAACUACCGUCGAUGUCUGGACGUUCACCUGUGUAUUCAUCACCGCAAGGAAAGGACAGCUUUACCAGCAAAUUGAUGAACAACCAGCGGCGCCUGAGCAACCCAGGGUCUCCCCUUGGAGGUUUGCGCAGGAAUCAAUCGGAAUUGUUCCGAACGCCGGGAAGUCUCAGCUUUAAGGCUUCGUCAGCUACAGAUACAGCUGCAUUGACCCCCAUUGACCACCGCAAGGCAGCAGUUAAUCCGUUCCGAUACACAAGAGGCCAAGGUUCGCAGCAUCUUUCAAGCGACCGACGUCGAUGGAGUCACCUCUUUCCAGUGUCUAACCACAUCGCACAUCGCUCUUCUAGCGACAUUAUAGGGGAAGUGGCAACACAAGAUGGCGAGCCAUUAUUCCUCGGGCCAAACUGGAUGAGCCUUACGUCUCCAGCUAUUCUGCCAUUGACAACCGAUCACUUUCCGUCUCCACAGGAGCUCCGUCAAGGCUAUACUGAAGCAUUCUACACACUGACAAUCCCCACUACAGCCACGCAAUCUCCAACGAUCGAGUGUGUGCCUUGCUAUCGCAACCACGACGAACUGUUGAUCGAAAUGAUCUGCCAGCGAUUGGCUCGUGACUUCCAGCUCGUUUCAAGCUGCGACUCCACUGCGUCACUCAUGGGAAGUGACCCAACGCCUGGGAGUCGACGAAGAGUUUAUCAUUUGAGUAUGGGGCACCGCAUCCACCAGCUCAUUUACGACGCAGAGCGACAGACCGUCGAAGUCAAGAGAUUCGUACAACGCGAGCCACACGACCCCGAAGUCGCGUUCACGUCGUACAAUUACUCGCUCUGGGUGGGACUCACUCAGUCUUUCCAGCCACAUCAACAGAUUUUCCAUCGAUAUCCUCAACCGGAAGAUAACUGGAACGCCCUGGACAAUCUAUUGUGUGGAUACUUAGACGACAUGGCAGACACCAUGAAGUGUCGUCGAAUUCGGUUUGCGAUCGUGCCUCCAGUGAUUACCAGCGAGGAAAGUGACGAGUCCUCCACUACAACUUACACUGCAAAGUUCUCCAAGUUCAUUGAGUAUCUGCAGUCUCGUGUCGCUCCCUCGGAGUUCGGAGAUCUCGAGCAUAUUGUCAUCAAUAUGGUACUGGACCACCCUGAGGCUACAAGAGAAGCAAGAAAGAUCCCACAUCUGGGAGGGAAUCGCAUGCUGAGUUUUAAGAUGGCGUGCAAGGCGUCGACAUUGUCGGUCUCGAAGUUUGAGGACUCUAGAACCGAGUGGGCCAUGAUGCGGUUGGAAGAAACGAUGGACAUCUCACGCUGUUUCCACCUCGAUGUGCGAUGGUUAGCGUGUAGUGGAAUCGCAGCGGAUGAGUUUGUAGGAACGACUUUGUAUUGGACGAUGAACGAAUCGCGGACGGGAGCGGCAUAG